GUGCUUCCUCUCUUCAUCAUGCAGCUUACUCUCUUGAUCAAGGUGCUUCCUCUCUUCAUCAAGGUGCUUCCUCUCUUGAUCAAGAUGCUUCCUCUCUUCAACAAAGUGCUUCCUCUCUUCAUCAAGGUGCUUCCUCUCUUGAUCAAGAUGCUUCCUCUCUUCAUCAAGGUGCUUCCUCUCUUGAUCAAGAUGCUUCCUCUCUUCAUCAAGGUGCUUCCUCUCUUGAUCAAGAUGCUUCCUCUCUAA